AUGCUGGCAGGGGUUUGUGGUAAUGAUUCACACUAUGAAUGGGAUGAUAGAGCAGUGAUAAUGGUUGAGGGGCUGCAAGGGGAUGGGGCUGCAAACGUAGGGGCCAAUGAUGCUUUUAUUGAUGGAGCCAACUCUGAAAAUAGUGAGGUUAAUGAAGAAUUAGCCAAUAAAAGCCUAGAAACUAACCUCUCUGGCGGCAGAAUUCGUGAUAGGGAAGGCUACUUGCGAGAAGAAGGGAACGGUAUGGAUGACGAGGAUAGGGACAAUAAUUGUUCAAGGGGGCUAAGGGGUGAUGGGAAGUGUAGGAUGGUAAAAGACCUUAGGAGGAAACACAGGUUGAACAUGUUAGGUGUAGUUGAGACGAAAAUGCAGACAGUAACAAGGUUUGAUGUGUUGAAAUUUUGGGGAAAUGAUGCAGGGUGGGAGUAUGUAGAGUCUAUUGGAGCAUCUGGAGGUAUAUUGUUAAUAUGGGAUGAUGUUUGGUUUAAAAGGAAAAAUUGUUAUAAAGGUGAGAGAUGGCUGUGUGUUGAGGGGGUUUUCUCAGAGAAUAAUGUUAACUGUGCAUUUUUCUUGGUUUAUGGUGCUCAUACUCGAGAUGAGAAACUUGUUGUGUGGAAAGAGUUGAGUUACGUAGCUAGGCUGUGUCAAUGUCCCUACUGCUUCUUGGGGGACUUUAAUGAAAUUGUACAAGUAGAGGAGAGGCGAGGUUAUGAAAGCCUACCUUUGUCGGCAGAAGAUUUCAAGAAUUGGAUAAACGACAUGGAUUUGGUGGACUUGCCGAUUACUGACCAGAAGUUUACAUGGUUUAGAGGAUGGUCCUGCAGUCGUAUUGAUAGAGCACUGAGACCUAAGGAUGGACCAAGACCAUUCCGAAGUUUGGAUUCGUGGUUUACACAUGAAGGUUUUCUAAGGUUGGUUAAGGAGGAAUGGAUAGGGUUAGGAGAGGUACGAUUCACGGAUAAACUGAAGGCUUUGUCUGUUCCGAUGAAAAGAUGGCAUAGAGAUAAGUUUGGUGACAUGGACAACAAAAUCAUGAAAUUUGAGAAAGAGAUUAAGAAGAUAGAUGAUAUGGUGGGUGACAGGGAGUAUGAUGGUACGGUUGAAGCAAGAAGGUGGGCACUAGUGGCAUCUUGUGAGAAAUGGUAUGUGAGGAAAGAAUUACAUUGGAAGCAGAUGUCAAGGUCUAGCCACGCGAGGUAUAUGGAUAAGAAUACGAGAUACUUUCACAAUUUAGCUUCUGCGAGAAGGAGGAAUAAUAGGAUCGAUGCUCUGGUUAUUAACGGAAGAUUGAUAAGGAAUCAAGCUAGGAUUAAGCUUGCCAUUAGGGGGUUUUAUAAGGAGUUGUAUCACCAAGAGAAGUCUCCUAAGGUGGGAUUCAGAGAUGGUUUGGUAAAAAUGAUCAGUGAGGAAGACGCAUUGGCUUUAGAGAGAUUAUCGACACCCGAGGAGGUUAGAGAGGCAGUUUGA